GAACCGAAGAAGUAUAUUACCUAAUCGAAAAACUCGUUUAAAAUCAUUAAAUUAUGCUGUUCAUUUCUGUAGGUUUUUUGGAUAAGAAAUACGAAGAGCUUCGUUAAGGUUUCCGGUGAAAAUGAAUGAGUAAUGCGGAAUUAAAGAGCAUUUCUAUGACCAUAUAACAACAAAAAGAACGAGUGGCGGUGGAUGUGAUGUGGUAGUGGGGCAGAGGUGAAAGACGGCCUUCACCAAUAGGUCUGUACGUAUGUUGUUAAAGAAGCGGCGGCGACAACCGUUUCACCUUGGUCCGCGUUGUCCCCCACCUUUGCUGUUGACCUGUUGUCGGUAGAGAAAGGUGCGAAAGAGUGACCGCAAGCAGCAGCAGCAACAGCCACGUUCGACGUUCCAAAUUUCCGCUCCUAAACUGGUAUUUUUCAAUCUGUUUGUGUGUGCGUGUGCAAGAAGCGCGAAGAUGAGCGGCCUCCUGCUGAGACUCUUCGCCGGAGUCCUGGUGCUCUGGCAGUUUGCAGAAGCCGGAGACUUUACGGGUCCCGUACAUGGAAAGGUCGUGGUGUGUUAUGUGGGAACAUGGGCGGUGUACAGGCCGGGCCGAGGAUCGUUCGCGAUUGAGAACAUCGACCCCAACGUCUGCACGCACUUGGUCUACUCUUUCGCUGGUCUGAACGUUACGCACGACGCCAUUAGGUCUUUAGAUCCUUGGCAGGAUUUGAAGGAUGAUUACGGUAAAGGCGGUUACAGCCGUCUCGUCGGUCUCAAAGACAGAUAUCCGCAUCUGAAGGUGACUCUGGCCAUCGGCGGAUGGAACGAAGGAUCCGCGAACUAUUCGACUCUGGUUGCGGAUCCAGGAAAACGCGGCAGAUUCAUCGCGAACGCCGUCGACUUUUUACAAAAGUACAAGUUCGAUGGUCUGGAUCUGGAUUGGGAGUUCCCCGGGAAGCGCGGCGGUAAUCCCCAGAUGGACAAGAGGAAUUUCCUGCUGUUCGUCAAGGAGCUGCGGGCGGCCUUCAACAAGUUCAACCUGCUGCUGACUGCGGCUUUCGGCGCUGGAAAAGAUACGAUCGACAUCGCCUACGACGUGGCCGGACUCUCCUAUUACUUGGAUUACGUGCACAUGAUGUGCUACGAUUACCACGGAUCUUGGGACAAGAUGACCGGAGCUAAUGCGCCCCUGAAGAGCGCCGACGUCCUGAACGUCGAAUACACAAUUGAUUACAUGUUGAAAUUGGGAACUCCGGCGAACAAAUUGGUCGUGGGUCUUCCGCUCUAUGGUAGGACGUUCCUGCUGACAGAUCCGGAUUCGGUGAUGGGCGCUCGCACACGUAAAUUGGGCGAAGCCGCGCAAACGGUCGGAUUCCGUGGUCCGUUCACCAAAGAGAACGGUUUCAUGGGUUACAACGAGAUCUGCUUGGUACUGAAGAACUCUUCUGCUGGUUACCAGAAGCACUGGGACGAGGAGACGCGUACUCCGUUCGCCGUCAGCGAGGAUCGCGUCAUCUCGUACGACGAUGAGAGAUCAAUUGGGGAGAAGGUGAAGUUGGCGAUGGAGAAGGGUCUGGCCGGUGCGAUGGUCUGGUCGAUGGACACCGACGACUUCCAAGGUGAUUGCGCCGAUGAUCCGCAGACGAAUCCCAGCAGGUACACGAACUUCCCGCUGAUGCGAUCGAUAAACAGGGCCAUCGAACUGACGCUCGAGGAGAUCAAGAGGAACAAGGAGAACGAGAUUCCAGUGAACGAGGACAAAAAGACGAAGACUUCGUCUGCCGUCUCAUUGACGCGCGAUUUCUCCGCAAUAGGCCUGCUUCUUCUGUCGCUGGUCGUUCAUUUUUAA